AUGCCAGCAUCUUCGAGAUAUCCCUUCGCAGCCAACGAUGGGACUUUUCCCCGAAAAAUAACAGAGUAUUCUGCAUCUGACAGGCACACAAGAUGGCUGAACCCAUGGAUAUCGACACAGAUCCGCCGCGAGGCAUCAAACGCACGGCCGAGGAAGCGGGCUUGCCUCCUGAGGCUCCGCGUCGCUCUUGAUCAGGAUGUCGUCAACAAGAUUGCCGCCGGUGAAAUCAUCGUGGCCCCUAUGAACGCUCUCAAGGAGUUGCUCGAAAACUCCAUCGACGCUGGAUCAACUUCCAUCGAGGUUCUGGUCAGAGACGGUGGCCUCAAGCUCUUGCAGAUCACCGACAAUGGCCACGGAAUCGAGAAAGAUGACUUGCCCAUUCUCUGCGAACGAUUUACAACAUCCAAGCUGAAAAACUUCGAGGAUCUCAUGUCCAUUGGUACCUACGGUUUCCGAGGAGAAGCUCUCGCCAGCAUCAGCCACAUUGCCCACCUCAAAGUAACGACCAGGACUGCUAACUCCAGCUGUGCGUGGCAAGCGCGUUAUCAGGAUGGAAAGCUUACUGCCCCCCAACCUGGUCAGUCUCCCGACCCGAAACCCUGUGCUGGCCGGCCUGGCACUCAGAUCACUGUUGAAGACCUCUUCUACAAUAUCCCGAACCGUCGUCGCGCCUUUCGGUCUCCAUCAGAAGAGUAUGCUAAGGUGCUCGAUGUCAUCACCCGUUACGCUGUGCACCGCGAGGGUGUCGCCUUCUCCGUGAAGAAGCACGGUGAAACCGGGAUCGGUUUCUCAGUAGCUGCUGCCGCAACCAAAAUUGACCGACUGAGACAGGCCUAUGGUGGAAGUGUUGCAAAAGAGAUCAUGGAGUUUGGCACCGAAGAUUCUCGCUGGGGCUUCAGAGCUUCGGGCUAUGCUACCAAUGCUAACUACAGUUCUAAACGAACGAUGUUGCUCCUCUUCAUCAAUAACCGGUCAGUCGAGUCAUCAGCUGUCAAGAAAGCUGUUGAACAGACAUAUCAGUUAUUCCUCCCCAAAGGUGGACAUCCAUUUGUGUACCUCAGCUUGGACAUUGAUCCUGCCCGGCUUGAUGUUAAUGUACAUCCCACCAAGCGAGAAGUCCAUUUCUUAAACGAGGACGAGAUCAUCGAAUUGGUCUGUGCAAACAUCCGGGAAAACCUUGCAAAAGUCGAUACGAGCCGGACAUUCAAGACACAAACACUCCUUCCUGGAGUCACGCCAAUGACGCCCGUCAACCCAAGGACUCCGGCUCGGAAUCAAAUUCCUGCUGCAGAAGAAAGUACUGACAGAAGAACCUCAACCUCUAAAAAGCCCUAUGAGAACAAUCUAGUCCGCACUGACUCAAAAAUGCGGAAAAUCACUUCCAUGCUUCCACCGGCCUUGACCACUUCAACCUCUCUGGAUGAAACGCUGACAACUGCCGGCAUACAGUACGCAACCACCGAUCGAGAAUACUCCCGAGUGCUCCUCGGGUCCGUGAAGAAACUCCGAGCUGAUGUCCGUGACACAAUGCACAAUGGUCUUACGGAAGUAUUCGCUUCUCUAACCUACGUCGGUAUUGUAGACAGCAACAGACGACUCGCCGCCAUCCAGUCUGGCGUCAAACUAUACCUCGUUGACUACGGCAUGACCUGUAACGAGUUCUUCUAUCAAGUCGGAUUGACUGACUUUGCCAAUUUCGGGCUCAUUCGGUUCGAGCCUGCGCCGCACUUGAAGGAGCUUCUGGAUGUUGCAGCAGAGCAUCAAAUUUCAACUGAUCCUACCUGCACAGGCCUAGACAAAGGCCAAGUCGUUGACAAGGUAUAUGAGCAACUCAUGGAACGCAAAGACAUGUUAGAGGAAUAUUUCAGCCUCGAAAUCUCGGACGACGGUCAUUUGCAAACAAUCCCGCUGCUGUUGAAAGGAUAUACGCCAUCCAUGGCGAAGUUGCCCAUUUUCUUGCUGAGGCUGGGGCCUUUUGUGAACUGGACAGAGGAGGAAGAGUGUUUUCGUACGUUUCUGAGGGAAUUGGCGAGUUUUUACGUGCCGGAGAUAUUGCCAACGCCCAAAUCAGCGCCGUGUACGAGCAAGGACCAAUGCAGGGAGACGAAGGAGGCAGAAGGAGAUAUGGAAGACGUCGGGAGCGAGUUCGAAGUUGACGGGCGAGACACAUCUGCGUCUCGCCCUCUUACAGAUAACAGGGACGACGUCGAUGAAGCUACAGAGAAAAGGAGGACAGAACUCGAAUACGCACUAGAGCACGUACUCUUCCCUGCAUUCCGAUCAAGGAUCGUCGCCACACAAGGGAUGUUGAAAGGUGUCGUCGAAGUGGCCAACCUGAAGGGUCUGUACCGUGUCUUCGAGCGAUGCUAG